AUUAAAUUUUCAAUCAUGAGAAUUUUUUUUAGUUUGAAAAUUUUGGUUAAAUUUGAUCUUGUCGAAAAAAGUCGACAAGAGUCUCACAAACAAACUUCUUCACAGGAAUUUGUAAGUUCUGAUUCUCCCAAACAAACGUCAAUAUCAAAACAACAAUCCGCAGCUUCCGGUUCUGCAUCGAAACAGAAAUCCGCAGCUUCCGGUUUCAGUUCUACCAAAACUCAAAAACAAACGUCAAAACAGAAAUCCGCAGCUUCCGGUUCUGGUUCUACCAAAACUCAAAAACAAAUGUCGAUACCAAAAGUUUCAGAAGAUAAUGGGCCAUUUCGCUUAGUGGUACCAUCCAGCUUGUACUCGCAACAAAGCAGGAUGGUACCACCAAUUCGUAAUGUAAUCAUACAUAGCGAAUUAAUGUCCAUUACACGCACAGCCGAACCGUAUAGGAGCAAUGUACACAUCGCUGAACCGUAUAGGAGCAAUGUACGCACCGCCAAAUUAUAUAGGAGAGAAUUAGCGCCAAUUAUACGUGAACCUUUUAGUAGUAAUUGGACUAGAGAUGUAAAUGAUGAAAUGGAAGUAGAUGAAGAAGAAGCUUUAGUUCGUCCAAAAAUCCUCUUUCAAUCGAUGAAGCCAAGGUAUACUCCACGAUACAGGCAAGUCAAGUCUUGGCUCUCCGCUUUACAUAAAUAUUGCAGAGUGCGCUUGUUAUAUAAACAAUGCGACACUUUAGACAAAGAUAAUCACCGUCUACAUCGAAAUAAUCGGUUAAAUGAGAAAAAGGCAUGUCGAGUUAAAGGCGCAAAAUCACUUUUCGACAAGAAUGACGAAAAACUGGAGAAUUAUGAUCGAAAAGAACUUUUGAAUGUUUUAAAUGACAACCGAUAUCACUCUCCAGAGUAUUCUGAAUCAGAUGAGGAGCAACCAGACGGUAAAAGACAUAUCAAUGUUUAUAAUCCAUCUUGGAGAUCUGAAGAGUUAAUGGAUUUAUUACUAAAUGUCCUGGACCAACACGCUUUCUCUCUUCAAUCUGCACAAUUGAUACGAACACGAAAUUAUGAUGAUGAUAUAUAUAAUAUUCCGGAGACGCCGAUUCAAAUGAUGGAGAAUCUAAUAAUAGCGGAAGAUGCGGAAGUGUUGGCCGAGAUGGAUGAAAUAGUGGUAAUAGAAGAUUCAGAACUAACGGGAAUAAAAGAAUUGGAACCAAUGGGAAUGGAAGAAUCGGAACCAAUGGGAGUGGAAGAAUCGCUAGAAACAGAAGAUGAAACAGACAAAUGGUAUAAAUUUGUACUUUAAUUUUUGUUUGAGUUUUUAUUAUACUAACUUUUAUUUUCAAAUUUUAGAUUGUGAAUUCGUCAGUUUUUUUUGGAUUUUUUUUGAAAAUUAUGGGAUUUUUUGUGGAAUUGUGGAUUGAAUUUUUUUAUUUUCGUAGGAAAUUUUUAUUAAUUUAGUAUUAUUUCNUCAUAUUAUUUUCGUAGGAAAUUUUUAU